AUGGCAGACUUGAACGACUCUAACGAUGACCACUUAUCUAUAAUACCAUAUGACAAUAAUCGAGAAAUCGUACUUCGUCAUGCAGACUCAAUCGUAGUCUUCGAUAGCCAAUCUAGACAAUUAAUACUCCGGAACCGAAGCAGAGGUCUCGAGAGACCAGCAAUUGACACUGCAUGUCCAAACUGCGGGAGACCAUACGAGAGUGACUCCAAUGCCAUCGACGAUGACUUCGAAGAAGCACAGCAACCUUCAUUCAUCAACAACGACUACUUUCGAAUGCUAGCGAGCAGCACCCCUGGUUCCAAUCGAAGCUCGGCCCCACCGUCUCCACGAAGACAGCUUGCUCAACCGGUACGACCAUCGCCUCUAAGCUCCAGUACGACUGCAUCACUACCUGAGGCUGAAUUUGUUGGGAGCAGUCCGGCGCCACCAGAUAGUAUCCAUCCGAUUUCCGAGACAGCCUUCGCAGCUGAAUACUUUGAAAGGUUCUUUGUGAUCGAGAAGGAGCUUGGUAGAGGUGGACGAGGGGUAGUCUUGUUAGUCAAGCAUGUCUUGGAUGGAGUUACGCUUGGGCAUUUUGCUUGCAAACGCGUUCCGGUUGGCGAUGAUCAUGCUUGGCUCGAGAAAGUACUUGUCGAGGUUCAAGCUCUUCAGAGUUUAUCUCAUCAGAACCUUGUGUCUUACCGGCACGUCUGGCUCGAGGACUAUCAGAUCAACAACUUUUCACCGAGCGUCCCGUGCGCAUUCAUUCUUCAGCAGUACUGCAAUGGGGGUGAUCUACACACCUAUGUAUGUGCUCCUGCACAAGUCCAAACCACCACACAGGAGCUCAAGGAACGCCUUCGACGAAGAUCAAAAGGCGAGGCAGAUAUGCCGCGGACCCGCAAUGAGCCUCGCAAGCUGCCCUUCGACCAGAUCUACUCCUUCUUCCUCGACAUCACAGAAGGACUACGCUUCUUGCACCUGAAUGGCUUCAUACAUCGAGAUCUAAAACCAAGCAAUUGCCUAAUCCACCGCGUCAGUGGCGAGACAAGGGUUCUUGUCAGUGAUUUUGGUGAAGUACAAUAUGAGAAUGCCGUUCGCAAAUCAACUGGCGCCACAGGGACAAUCUCAUACUGCGCCCCCGAAGUCCUGAAGCCAAUCUCGCCUGGCGGGCCCUUAGGCAAUUUCACCUUCAAGUCCGACGUCUUUUCGCUCGGCAUGAUUCUACACUUUCUUUGCUUUGCGGACCUACCUUACCAGAACGCGAAUGUCCUGCAGGAGGAGAGCGAAGACCUGGACGAGCUCAGACACGAGAUCACGUCGUGGACAGGCUUUGACCAGAGCUGGAGACAACGGCCAGAACUACCGAACAAGCUAUACGCAUUUCUGAAAGAGUUGCUAUCCAUACUACCUGAAGGCCGACCAUCUUCAGAUGACGUCCUCAACGGCAUCAAAAUGGGUGGACUGGAAUUUGUGCCGGAGCUCAAACGUCGUGGUUCUUCUACAACGACUCCAACUUCUACUUCGGAAGAUCUUACAGCCGGCAAGGGACGAAUCACGAAGCUCGAUUCACCUCACCCUCAACCGUCGCUGGGAGCCACCACACGAAACAGGCCCAAGGAUAUGGAUGCAAUGUCGCCAUCUCGACAGAUGCGCCGACGAGGACCUAGAAGUCCUUCUCUUGGUGGUUCCCAGAGUCCCAGACAAGCUUCGGAAGAUUACACAAAAGAGACUGUGAACCAUUCGGCACUAAUGAUGCGUAGAUCGUCAUCGCAUGGCACAAGCAACAGCCUUACGAGACCACCGUUGCUCAACCCAAGGCCCUAUGCACAUGUCUCUGGAUCUGUCCCACCACAACCGUCCAGCAAGCAAUUGAGUCCCAGUCCAGAACGCGAUCGGCCAGUACAGCUAUUACUACCGCCCCCAACACGUCCAACUACACCACAGCAGCGAGUCGUAAGUUUAUUGACCUACAGAAUCCAGACUAUCUCUGUCUAUAUCCUGCUCUUUGCUACGAAACUCAUGUCCCUGCUCCAACCAUGUCUCAAUAGUGGCAUCAACAGCACAUUGUUCUAUGUCGUCUUCCUUCUUGCGGCUGCCGAGCUAGCCACGAUGCCUCACCCUGUUUGGCGAAUUGGAAUACUUACAGCAUUGCAUGUAGGCUGUCUAGUCUAUGCUUAUACUCAAGGACUUUGGUGCAAGACUUUGAGCGUAUCUGAAUGGACGUCAGGUGUAGGCGAUGCUUUUAAUUAA